AUCUCCUCUAUCAAAUGCAAAAACAAUCAUCUGAAAAUUAUGAGAACUACGCAAGAUAACACCAAAUUAUCCGACAUAUGUCUCCUCUGAAUGAAACAUACAAUACGAUAUCAACAGAAAAUUGUCAUCAGAUCACAAAGCAAUGAUAUUGCACCUAUUUUUCAUAUACAACAGUAAUUGAAACAAGUUUACUGUUAAGAACAAAAAACCAACUAUGUAUUGUAUGUACUAAGUGCGUCGUUGGCAUAACGUCUAAUUGUACAGAAUGUACAGACGAAAAUGGACGUUGGUUACCAGAGCAAUAUAGACAGGCUUCAUUAGAGCAAGUUGUGCAUGCAAUGGAAGAUGCUUAGAUGAUUAGAGUUUGUUUUGUUUUACGAUAGAAAUUGUUACACUUGAUAUUUCAAUCUCAGUUAAGAUCCAUAUCCUUAUAAGCAUAUAUUUUAUAAUCUUUACAGUUUAAAUGCUCAAACGAACACGAACCAAUCUCAAUAGUAUUGCAAAAACUCAAUAUUCGAACAAAAAAAAAGAAUUUUGUGGCAAAAAAGAAUUUAAUUAAUAAGUGACUACAAGUGAGUCAAAUGAAACUUUGUUAUGAUGUGAUAAAAAAAACAAUUAUUUCACGAGUAAAGUCUGGGCCUAUGGAUGUUUCAUGUUAAUCUCUAUAGUUUAUACUGCGGUUCUGAUAGCAUUUUCCAAAAUUUUUCCCUCUGAACAAAGCGCUGGACCAGUUUGAGUCUGUCGUUACAGAAGUAAGAAAACUCAAUUUCCUGUAAGAAAAAACAUUUUGUGGAUGUUAUAGAGAGUUCCUUUCCUGUUCAAAAUAAAAAACUAUUAAAAGAGAUGUACAGAUAUAGAAAAGUGAAAACUUUCAUUUGAGUCAAAGUUCUAAUAGGACUUGAAGUGUUUAAACUUGAUUUGUUAUAGAUAUCUAUGAUGUCGUUGUAACUCUCUAAAUACUAUUCUCUUCUCUUUUUUAAUAUUCUUAUUUUCUAGGUUGCUCUCACCAUUAUAUUUAGUUUACCAAUGGAUUUUUACAAAUUCUACGCUUCUUUAACUGCUCCUACAGAAAAAUCAUUGAAACGUAAAGAAAUUGAAAGUUCUUUUUGCACAAUUUUGUAUUCCUAUAACAUAUAUCAAUAAUUCAAUGAUGUUCUUUGCCUAUACACUUACAGAACGUAUAUUUCGUCAAGAAUUAUUUAAAUUAGUAUUAAAAUGUAAAUAACUGUAUAUAAAAAGACUUAAAUUCGAAAAUAUGAGUUUUGUCCUAUGAACAAGUUUUCAAUGGUUAUAUGUUUAUCUUUAUUAUUACACUUCACAAACGUUAACUGCUUCGUGAAAUCAAACUUCUGUGGUCUAAGUCAUUCAAUUAUCUGUCGUUAAUUUUGAAAUAUUUUCUAAAUCUUACUUCUAAUCUAAGUUUUCAAAUACUGUUCAUUACUCACCCUCACCCUUUGUUCAAACUUAUCAUUGAAUUCUCAAGAUAAUGACAAAACUUUCAAAUAUUUAACUUCAGAGAAGUCAAAGCUUGCACCAUUGAUCAUCAAUCAGUUGAAGACUUUUGAGAGAAGUGCAGUUGCAUCUUCAAAAUGAUAAUUCAAUAUAAAGUGGAAUAGUAUUUCAUUUUUUUAAAAUUUAUUGAUUCACUAGUGGAUGUGAAUAUCAUGCAUUGCAUAAUAUCCUAACUAUCUCAAAUAGAAAGAUGAUUAUGAUAUAAAAAAAUCUUUAUCAAACAUUCAAUUCUACAUCGUAUCGGUCAAGAGGUCAUUUACAGGACAUAUUGUCUGACUGAUACUUAGAAAGAAAUAAAAGAAAAUCUAACCAUUACCUAUCUUCUCUGUUUCUAUAUCUUUAGCUAAGAUUUAUUCUUUUCGUUUGAUUCUAUACUUAGACGUAGCAUGAUUACUCAUUUAUUAUUCAUAGUUAAACAUCAAUAUUCUUUUCAUAUAAUAUGUCAUCAUCUACUUGUUUAAGAAUCAAACAAUAUUUAGUUAAACAAAAUAAUUGUAAAAUUGCAUUCUUUGUUAUAUGCUGUUCUAUAAUUGGUAUUCUUUUAUUAUUUCAUAGUUUAAAAGAAUUGUAUAUAAUCAAAACAUUAGUUAUUGGUCAAUGUUAUGUUAAAUCACUUGAUUUAAGAAUUGAAAAAGAUAAUGUUUAUCCUCUUGGUUUAUUACAAAUAAGAUACGAUCCAUGUGAUAGAGCACAUGAUCAUAGGAUCAAUGAAACACAUCGAUGUUAUCGUUGGAAAAGUUUAACAUCGACUUCCGGAUUAGGUUGGCAAUGGAAUAAACCAUCAGAAUCAAACAUCGGUGCUUUUUUAUUUAGCGGAACUGUACUACUUGUUAUAAGUAUAAUAAUUCCAAUAUUAAGACGACGAUAUCAAACAGAAUUUCAAAUAAGACAACAACAACAAAUAGAAAUACCAUUAAGAAACCAACAUGGUUCACCACCAACCUAUGAUGAAGCAAUAGAAAUUCUUACUCCGACAACAACACAAACAAGAACCUAG